AUGUCGAUAACUUGCAAGGUUGGACUAGAAAGCAGAGUUGUAAAAACCACAGUAGUAAAAACCAUAGCCCAGCUUGAUCAAAGUCUAAGGGAAUUGCUUGUCAGCAUAAGCCAAAAUGUACGCGGUAAUACUUGUAAAUGUGUUGUAGGUUUGGGAGUUGAGAAAGAGUUUAGACCGUCCUCUAGUGCUGAUGGCGUUGGAGGUAACCACCAAGUUUCAGAAAGAGUUGCAAUAUUGAAGCUUUGUUAUGGCACCAGUUGUCUGAUCAUCCAGUUGCUGCAACUGAAAACAGCGCCUUGCUCACUGUCCAACUUUCUCCAACUCCGAGGGUUAUCCUUUGUGGGUGUCGGGAUCAGGCACUGUCUUGAGGCGUUGGAGAGGGAUUACGGGAUCAAGUGUAGGAACGCUGUUGAUUUAGGCCAGUUGGCCUCGGCUAUCAAGGAGAAAGAAGUGUAUAAAGGGUAUGGUCUCCUGGAUUUAGUGAAAGAGCUGUGUUUUUCUGAUGUGAAGAAGCAUUUGAUGGAUAGUUUUACUGCUACAGCUCUGAGUAACUGGGGUGUUACCACAUUAUCCCAGAAACAGAUUGAAGCAGCCACUUCAGAUGCUUUCAUAUGCUUUUAUUUAGGCAAUGACUUGUUCGGAGGGUACAUAGGUUCUACUCCAUUUUAA